GGCGACGACUGUAUUCAGUGUCCAUUCCAUGGCUGGAGGUUUGGCGGAGACGGACAGUGCAAACGCAUACCUAAUCUCAAUGACUCGGAGUUAAAGGCAAUAAAACCAGUGGUAAAGAAAUGGCCGACAAUAGAGAGGAAUGAAUUGAUAUAUGUUUGGCACCACUCGGAGAGCUCGGAGCCCGACCACUACCCCGAGGACUUUGAUGCCAAAUACGGCCACAAACUAUCACUUAAGGGCUCGAUUACAAGACUUAUGGACAGCAACCAUGAUUUUGACACAACGUAUGGCUCGGAAAAUGAAACGGCCGGUUGGCUUACCAUCGGGCUAUUGGGCAUCGAGUUGACCACUGUAUCCAUAAAGUUGUGUCACGUGUCACCGGUGCUGAUCGCGCUUUUCAUUGGCGACGAUGACUCAAUGCUGGGACCUUUUUUAUCACUGGCGGCCACUGUACCAUUGCGCCAUGGUCAAACACUCCUGAGAACCUUUGUGUACCGCAAGCCAACUAUGUUGAACAAACUAUAUGCUAUAGCCGUCCACUAUAUGAUCAAACUA